AACAAAAUCAGGUCCUCAAAGAAGAAUUAUCUGGCUUGCAAGAACAAAUUGGAAACUUAACUGAAUGGGAAAAGAUUUUACGACUGGAAGUGAGCAGUCUACGGGAAAAGAACGCCAAUCUCUCCAACAAAGAACAGUUGUUACAGAAGCAAAUGAACAGCCAGCAAGAAAAACUUCAAAACUGUAAAGGUUGCCCUGAUGUUUGGGUUCCUCUGGAAAAUAACUGUUAUUUAUUUUCUAAUGCCACUGCAACAUUUAGUGAAGCACAACGUGUUUGUGCUAGAGACAGCGCUUACAUCCUUGAAGAUUUAAGCCCAGAGGAAAAGUCUUUUACAAAGUCGAGAGCUUCUACCACCAUGUGGAUUGGCGCAACAGAUAAGCUUCAAGAAGGAGUCUAUGUUUAUGAAUCCACAGGUUCCAUUGUGACUGAUGGCCCUUGGUGGGUAGGCGAACCAGGAGGAGGAAGAGAUGAGAACUGCGUAGUUGCUCAAAAGAUGAACAACUGGCGGUGGGAUGAUUAUCCGUGUCAUUUUAAAUUCCAUUAUGUCUGCAAGAAAACUAUUACAUCUACAAGAAAACUAAAUAAAACUUUAGAUUGAGGUCAGCAUGGCCUUUACUUCAUACGACGCUAAGGGAAACAGC